GGAGGGACGCUCAGCAGCAGCUGGGAGCUAUUUGACCACGUGACUGGAGAGAUGUUUCUGUCGCUGUAAGCAGCCAUCAUUUCACCCAAUACAAGCCUGUGCUAAAAAGACAGAGAGGAGAUAUAGUCAUGAAUUUGCACGGGAAUACAGACUGAAAGGAACCUACUCGAGCCACUCCUUCGCCUAUGGUUUAUUUUCCGGUGAGCUUAACGAGCAGCUGCUUUGACCUGGUUUCCCAGCAAUCACUGGCAUAAAAACCACAGCCUUGGCCUCCUUAUUGGCGGAGGGGCAUAGGUGAAGGAGUGGUCCCUGACUGCCUUCUUUCUUUUUUUAUUUGCUUUGUUUUGUGACAAGAGGGGGAGUAAGGUGCUUAUAAGACUACCCAGAGCAUGGGGCAGAAGGUUCCGGGAGGCAUAAAGACUGUGGACAUGCGGGACCCGGCGUUUAGGCCUCUCAAGCUAGAGCUGCAGGCCCUGGACUACACCAAGCCCUCCCGCCUGGAUUUGUUGUUAGACAUGCCAUCAGCCUCACAAGAAGUCCAAGUUCAGCACUCGUGGAACAACGACGACCGGUCACUAAACAUCUUUGUUAAAGAAGACAAUAAACUUAUAUUUCACCGGCACCCUGUAGCACAGAGCACAGAUGCUAUCCGGGGCCAAGUGGGAUACACACGUGGACUGCAUGUGUGGGAGAUCAGCUGGGCCAUGCGCCAGCGGGGCACCCAUGCAGUUGUUGGGGUGGCGACGGGUGAAGCCCCGCUGCAUUCUGUAGGAUACACUGCACUUGUAGGAAACAAUAGCGACUCCUGGGGCUGGGACCUGGGACGUAACAAACUCUAUCACGAUGGCAAGAACCAGCCCAGUAGAACGUAUCCAGCUUUUCUUGAGCCUGAUGAAACCUUCAUCGUCCCAGACUCGUUUUUGGUGGUCCUGGACAUGGAUGAGGGGACUUUAAGUUUUAUCGUCGACGGACAGUAUUUAGGGGUUGCUUUCAGAGGACUCAAAGGAAAGAAGCUAUACCCUGUAGUGAGUGCUGUGUGGGGACACUGUGAAAUCCGAAUUCGAUACAUCAAUGGACUUGAUCCUGAACCUCUGCCGUUAAUGGACCUCUGUAGGCGCUCAGUGCGGGUUGCGUUGGGAAGAGAGCGACUGAGUGAAAUCCAUGGACUGCCUUUACCUGCUUCCCUUAAGAAUUACUUGCUCUACCAAUGAUGACAGUAGUGCCUUUACAACCAUUCAAGGCAUAGUGUCCGCCUCUGUUACUCUCUGGGAUUAAUCAUCUUUCUGGCAAGCUGGUUUCAUUACAUCUAUGUUUUGGUUUCGGUGCCAUUCUCGGUCACUGGGUAUGGUACCAACAAUAUUUUUUACAAAUCGGACUGAGUAUCAUGCUUGAUGUUUUCAGGAUCAAGUGUGUUGGUUCUUGUUGUUUCACUCAUAUACUGGAAAUCCAACUGAAGGCUAUCUAAUGACAGAUCCGAUAACAAGAACCAUUCUCCUCUCUAAUCAUGGCUUAGUGAAACUUCAGCUGUUUGUCAAUGCCUUUUUCUUUUAUAAUUUUUUUUUUUUUUUUAAUGAAAUGUUGGCAUACAUUAAGCUUUCUUGUAUCAUGUCAUUAACUUGAGGGUCCAUAUAGCGACUCUAUGCGGGCAAUGCAAAAUACAUUACCUUCCAAGACCUUUAGGCUUAACAACCAGCAAGUUUUUAUGUUGAUAGACUUUUUUUUUGUUUUUCAAAUGUCUUUCCCCUUGCAGUCAGUAUAAUAAAGUAGCCGAGUUAACUUCGGAUUCAUGGCCACAGUUAGCAGGUUAGCAAGUUGAUGACACUUAAUGGAAGGCGAUGUCUUUCCUUGCUUGCUCUUGGCAGGUUAAAAAUAGCCUGGUUUUAGCUGUAAGUCUGACCGUCUGGCCUGGAAAAACAGUCUUUGACGUCUGUGUCUGUGAGGGGGGGUGGGGGUUGAGAGACUAGCAUUCAUGGAAACAACCACAGCUAGUGCUAUGCUAGCUUUUUUAAUCACUCAACGAGUCCCUCGCCUCUCUUCACACUGCAAUAUCUGAAGUGCCUGGCUCAUGAUACUGGUAUAUUAAGAGAAAGCCAUGAUUUAAAGUUUUUUUUUUUUUUUUUUUAAUAUUAAAUUAAAUAUUGCAUCACUGUGAAACUACGUAGCAUACAUUAAUCAAUAAGAGGUUGUAUAGUGUGCUUUCUGUAAUGGCCCCUAAAAUCCUGUGAACGCCCAUAUCCUACAAAUAAUUUUUGCCUGUUUUAUUCUUGAGGACCCUGUUUUUAAAUCCUUUCUGCCUGCAGACCACCAUUCUCUUUGUAUUCAGUGAUGUAGAUAAUAUUGGUAAUCUAAUAAAGUUUAUUAUAAUUGA